UUUUCCAGAAGUCAAACAUUACCGUCUUCCUGUGAUGUGCCGCUGGACUUAAAUAAUAAUUUUGAAAGAUAACUGCACUUCCAUUGAGAAGCAAAAGAGUUACAGCAAAUAACUCAAUUAUUACUUGCUGAUAAAUUAAACAGAAGGCUACAAUCAAGGAAGCGUCAGCGGGAAAUCAUGUUUUAUCAUAUUUCCCUGGAGCAUGAGAUCCUGCUCCACCCUCGGUACUUUGGUCCCAAUCUCCUGAACACUGUGAAACAGAAGCUCUUCACAGAGGUGGAGGGAACAUGCACAGGAAAAUAUGGAUUCGUCAUUGCGGUGACCACCAUUGACAACAUUGGUGCAGGUGUCAUCCAACCAGGCAGGGGAUUCGUGCUUUACCCCGUCAAGUACAAGGCUAUUGUCUUCCGUCCAUUCAAAGGCGAGGUGGUAGAUGCCGUGGUUACCCAGGUCAACAAAGUUGGACUGUUCACAGAGAUCGGCCCCAUGUCCUGUUUCAUCUCUCGUCAUUCCAUUCCCUCAGAGAUGGAGUUUGACCCCAACUCAAAUCCUCCCUGUUAUAAGACCACUGAUGAGGACAUUGUAAUCCAACAGGAUGAUGAGAUUCGGUUAAAGAUCGUGGGAACAAGAGUGGAUAAAAACGACAUUUUUGCUAUUGGAUCCCUCAUGGACGAUUACCUGGGUCUUGUCAGCUGAUGUACCAGCAGUGCUAUGCUGAUGUAUCCUCAUAUAUCCCUCAUAUUUUAUGUAAAUGCCACGACAAUACAGUACUGUCAAUACAAAUAUUUUUCUAGGUUGAUAAUGUGGUAUUGCUACAAAUCCUGUACUAAGUGGGGACACAGUAUGAAUACUUACUAUUGAAACCACACAGAGCCUGUUGAUAAGCAGGUGGUUAUGUUGCUGUAUCGUCUGAGUUACCCUUCAGUUGUAUAUUGUAUUUCUACAACUUGAACUGAAAUAAAUGUUUAUUUUUUGGUAA